CCUUUUAAUCCAGAAGGCUACCAGAACAGCAUGUGGAAGAACGUGUCAAGAAAAUUGAUAGCAUUAUGUGUUGUAAAUAUCCUGAUACCAGUGCAGCAAACAUCGAAACAGUAUUGUAAUGGUUAAUAUUAACAGUUUAUAAACAAAUACAAUGGAAGACCUAGGUAUUUUAUCGUCGAAAGCAUAUAAACGUGCUGAGACGAACUUAAGAAAUAGAUUGAAACCAUCUAUUUUGAAAAAUUAUCCACAUUACCUGGUACCAGGAUAUAAUUUACAUAAUAAUUUCUCUGUGGAUGAUGUUGAUUUGGAGGAUGCUGUCGGAAAAUACCACGAUUAUCCUUACCACUGUGAUUUACCACGACCUUUAUUACCACCUGCAAAAAUACCAAGAACUGUAAUCAAUAAAGAGGACCCUGCGCUAGAACUUCUUACACUUAAGAAUCAUAUCAAUGAUGAUAUACAAAGGCUAAAGCAUUAUUAUCUUAGACACGAGAAAGAAUUAGGACAAACGUACAAAAAAGAUAUAAAAUGGAAACAUACAGACAGAAUUCUUACUGCUAAAGUACCUAGAUAUGUAGCUGAUAUAGCAGAAAUUAUGGCUCUGGAUCCAGAUCCACAUUUUGAAGGUUCUUACAAUUGGUAUUUCACUGGGGGAACUAUCAAUCAAUUAAAGAUGCAUAACAGAAAUAUAUUACUGUUUCCUUUUAAGGAUGAGUUAGUUGCCACACCUGUUGUUAAUGUUGAUGAAUUCUUUUGGAAACCAGUGCUUCCAAAAGCAGCUAAAUGUGAGCUGAAUGGUUCACUAUUUGAAUUAAAACACAGUAUUAAUCCUAAUUCAUGCACAAUUUUGGGUAGAUACAAGGAUCACUGUAAUUUUUAUAUAUUAUCUGAAUGUAAUGAGAAAUGGAAUCUCACUGAAAUUCAUAGACAACCAUCAAGUAUUCCAUUAGUUAGUGCAGAUUUAAGUUCAUAUAAUACUAAUCAAUAUUGCACAGUAAAUUCAGAGAGAACUGUUACUCUUUGGGACGUGACAAAAAUGAAACAUAUAUGUAGCAACACUGUAAUGCAAACUACUGUGGCAGAUGAUUUAUGGGCAAGGGUAAAAUUUGAAACAAUGGAUCCAAAUAUUAUUCUAUUUGUAGACAGAUGUUGCCUUCAUUAUCUUGAUACUAGAAUUUCCUUUGAUUGUCCGACGUUAUCAUUGUGCCCAAAGUCAUUCCUGGAAAAAUGCGAAAGUAUUACAUUAGACAUCGAAAGUAGACAUAGUUCUUGUAGAUACAUAGCGACUUAUCACAGUGUUUUAAUGUGCGACAAACGUUCACCUAAACAAUGUGUACAACAAAAAUGGACUCAUCAGUUUAAGAAUCCGCCGCUAAUUGGCCAAGUUACAAACAGAGAAGACAAAGAAUUCGUUGUUCUAUCUAGUCAAGUGCCUACUGAAAGCAUAAUAGUCAUAAACACUUGGACAAGCGAUGAAAUUUCACAUUCUUUUAAUUUUCCAUUUACGCCUCCCCAUAUUAAGGAGACUCUAGAUGAAUCUCAAUUGCAAGGGAUGUGUCUGAACCCGUAUUUAAGAAAUAGGUUCGAAUUGUCCAAUGUUGGUUCUGCACUUAUACAAAACGAAGCUGACAAUAUAUUCCUCUUUCUUCAAAAUUCAAUCGGUGACGUAUAUUAUCAGUGUAUAACACAUGACAUUCCGAUAGACAAAUAUUCAGCUACUAAUCGUAGGUCAUAUUGCAUAUUAGAUGCUUGGGAAAAGGCAGCAUCUUCCCAAGCAGGCACAAUUGUACCUUUAACUAUUUCUGAAAAAUUGGACAUGCAGUACAUCUACGAUUGUUUCACAAAUAAAAAAUUGCGAUUAAAAUGUAGCGACUAUGAGUCGAAUAAUUUUAAUUCGAGUUGGAAACAGUCUCUUGAGGAAUUAAAUAGUUAUAUGGACAUAUUAGCACCAGAACUACUGGCUGUAUGGGAAAUAUGUGAAGAAGUUCGAUUGCCGUUAACAACAGCACCUCAUCAAAAAGUUUUAAGCUGGCUAGAAUCUGCUGACACUAAGCCUCCAGUUUUUUCUCAAGAGGAAAUGGAAAAUGUCGCAAUACCAAUUAAUUCACAAGAAUUAAUAAGUGUUUCACAAGAAAUAGAUAUAACAGCUCUGGAAGAUAGUAAUGUGUUGCAAGAGUUGCUUCUACCGAAAGUGAAAUCCCGUCCUAAGAAGGGGCAUGCUCGUAAAAAGCCGAAGUUGUGAUGCAUACAAAUUUACUUGGAAUAAUUAUUUUUCUAUGAAAGUGCAAUAAAAUUAUGAACCAACUAUUUGGGUAUAUGAA